UGGGAAGCCGGCCUCAGUCAUGGGAAACACCGUGGCUCGAGAGGAUUUCGAAUGGGUUUAUACGGACCAGCCGCACCUGGACCGCCGCAAAGAGAUAUUAAGCAAACAUCCUGAGAUAAAAGCCUUGAUGAAACCAGACUACGGUGUGAUCUGGUUAACUGUACUGAUGGUGGUUGCACAGCUAGUUGCGCUAUACUUAGUUAAAGAUUUGGACUGGAAAUGGGUUGUAUUUUGGGCCUAUGUGUUUGGCAGUUGCCUUGAUCAUUCCAUUACUUUGGCUAUUCAUGAGAUUGCUCACAACAGUGCCUUUGGCAAUUCUAAAGCUGUGUGGAAUCGAUGGUUUGGAAUGUUUGCGAAUCUCCCACUUGGUGUUCCUUACUCAGUGUCCUUCAAGAGAUACCAUAUGGAUCAUCAUCGUUAUCUUGGUAGUAAUGGAAUUGAUGUGGACAUUCCUACGGACUUUGAAGGAUGGUUUUUCUGCACCCGUUUUCGAAAGCUGGUGUGGGUUAUUCUUCAACCCCUUUUUUAUGCCAUUAGACCUCUCUGUAUCAAUCCCAAACCAAUCUCAGGACUUGAAAUCAUUAACUUGUCAAUUCAGUUCCUCUUUGAUGUUAUGGUAUAUUAUGUCUUCGGAGUAAAAUCACUCUUCUACCUGAUAGCUGGAACAGUUCUUGGAUUGGGUUUGCAUCCUAUUUCAGGACAUUUCAUAGCUGAACAUUACAUGUUUUUAAAGGGGCAUGAAACUUAUUCCUACUAUGGGCCACUUAAUAAGCUUACAUUCAAUGUUGGCUACCAUAACGAACACCAUGACUUUCCUAAUAUUCCUGGAACAAACCUUCCACUGCUGAAGAAAAUAGCCCCUGAAUACUAUGACCACCUGCCACAGUAUAACUCCUGGAUUAAAGUGCUUUAUGAUUUUGUGAUGGAUGACUCUAUCAGUCCCUACUCACGCAUGAAAAGGCACCUGUCAGAAGAAGUGAAACAAGAUUAAACUAUCAACCAAGAAACUUACCUCUGUGACCUCCAGGGACCUAUCCUGGUCCAGUUACCAUGAAGCUAACAUAAAGAUAUAUUCACUUGAUAUCUUGACUAGGCUGGAAUAUGACUAUAUUGGUAUAUUCCAGAACAAGAUAUUUGAGGAAUUAAAAUAUUUCCAGAACCAGAAUAUUCCUGUUUUGCAUUUUUCUAUAAUUGUUUAAAAUAUAAAUGUUCUGUGCAUAGUGCUAGUAUUAAUGUUACAUAAUGGGUUUCAAUAGCUGCUUGCUUGUACACUUUAAAAGUUUAAAGAGCAAAUGUUCAACAGACAUAUGUAGUUGUGUUUAUAUUUGCUGCCCACAACUAUGGCAAUAUUGACUCUUAAAUGUUCUGUUAGUAAAACUUUAUUUUUAAAUCAACUUCUAGUUAAAAUUGCAAAAUGGUUUUAACAUAGCAGCUGAACAAAAUGCCUGGUUCCACUUUCCCUUAAAUUGGGUAUGUCUUGGCUGAUCCAAGUGCUAACAUAAUUGCUGUAUAAUAAUCUGUUACAACAACUGUAAAAAGUACCAAGCCCCUUGAAGCGUGCUAGUGUUCUGUAAAUCCAAAAUACUUUUGGCAAGCAAUUGGAUAUAAAAUGUCAACUCCUGACUGCACAUUCCCUAGCCAUAAUUAAAUUUGGCUCUGCAUUUUCUCUCCUGUGUGUCUGUACAUAAGAAUGUGAAGACCACUGUCAUGCUGAUGUUUAAUCAGAGAGGCUGAAUACCCUGAAGUUUAGGAACUUAAUUAACAACCCGUGCUUGCUUGCUUGGGUGAGUAUUUGAAUGCCAGUAGUUGAUGAAAGAUAAGUUCAUAACUGUGUAGAAGAUCAAUGGUGAGAUUAUAAAAUACUGUCCCCCUGAAAAAAAUACUGUAUUUCUUCGAUUCUAAGACACCAUCGAUUGUAAGACGCACACUAAUUUCAGUACCACCAACAGAAAAAAAGCUUUGAUUCUAAGAAAUAAUGAACGCACCCGCGAUUCUAAGAAGCACCCCGUUUUUAGAGAUGUUUAUAUGGGGGGAAAAGUGCAUCUUAGAAUCGAAGAAAUACAGUAGAUAAGAUGUAGCAAAACUCUUGGACACUUGACCAAAGCUGUAUUAAAUAAACAUUGUAGAAAAUCUGGGAUAUUCUUGAAAGAAUGGUGGUUUAAUAGUAAACUCAUAGUAGUUUUGUGGGUACUCACAACACGAUCAGAGAAAUAACUAACCAUGAGUUGGUUAUAAGCAACUGUGAGUGGAUUAUUAAUACACAUACAUUGAUUAACUCAUCCCCCUCCUCUCCCUCCAGUCUUCCUGCUUGUAUCCUAUCAUUCCUUGCUGCUGAAAAUAGAGUUCUGCUGGCUUGAGUAGAGUGACAAAAGCUGGGGUGAACACCCUCCACAAACAAGAAAAACAUAAUCACAAAAACUGUUUAAAUAGAUGUAUACAUAUCUUGUUCUCAUUGGCAAGUUAUGUUACACUGACUCAAUUCUAUUUCAAAAGAUAUAUAUGUGGCAUGUAACAUAUAAAUAAUGCUCACAAUAAAGUACAUUGAAAACAA